CUACAACAGGCACAACUGCAGUGGAAAAGUUUACUAACAUGUGACAUUGAGACUUUAUUGUGCGCCAACGGCACUACUGGAGGCUCCACGAAGGCAGAAGAAAGAGCCAGUCUGCUGGACUCGGCCAGCCCCCCACCCCCACUCCCGGCCGGCCUCGGCGGCCCAAUCUGCGCGUCUCUCCGAGCUGCUCCUGCCGGCUUCUCGACGGUUCCCGGCGGAUCUCUGCGGUUCCCGCCCCCUCGAGUUCAAAAGGACGCGCGGAGUGGCGCCGGCCCUCCCCGGCAGCCCGUCCGACUGGUAAGAUCUGCGCCUCCCGCAAGGUACCGUCUGCUUGCUACCAUGGCUAGCCUCCCAGUUACGCCUUCCCCAGAAGGUUCAGAGACUGCAGUUAUUCUGAAGGGUGCUCUGGAGAACAAGGCAGAGGACCUCCACGAAGCAUUGAUGAUCACAAUUCUGCAGGUCACUGAGGCCCCGUCCCCAGAAGCCGAAGCCAGCACGGCCCUCAUUGCAGUUGUUAUCACCGUGGUCUUCCUCACCCUGCUGUCAGUCGUGAUCUUGAUCUUCUUUUACCUGUACAAGAACAAAGGCAGCUAUGUCACCUACGAACCUGCAGAAGGCGAGCCCGGUGCCAUCCUCCAGAUGGAGAGUGACUCAGCCAAGGGCAGGGAGAAGGAGGAAUAUUUCAUCUAAUGAUUCCCGGCCCCAAUGAGUAUCUCCAGGCUCCAGUGCUAACACCAUUUUAUUUAUUAGGUGAAAGUUUUAUUUGAAAGUAGUGAGCAGCUUUGAUUGACAUGGAGAAUCUGAGCUUCUUCUAGGACACAGGCCCAAAUGCCAAAAUUACUGAUGCCAGGGACCAGGAACAUGGAGAAAGCUGCUUAUGUCUUUAGACCUUUGUGACACAGCCACUGUUUGAGACUGGCUGACAAGUGAAGCUGUAUCAGGCAGUAUUUGAGUACGUGCCCAGUCAUCUUCACUUUCUUCACAGGUCAAAGGGAAGGUUAGGGUCACCUAGUGGCCGCCUGAGUGGAGAGUGUCCACAGAUCUUCCCAGAUGCUGGAUACCACAGUAGAAAACCAAGCAAGGGGGCGGGAGACUGUGGAGACCUCACCUCCUGAUCAAUGUGCUGCAACCCGUAUUAAUCUGAGCCCCUCAUACUCUCCAAUGACCUCAUACCUGUGCUGUUUUUAUCAUCAUUAAAAAUUGUUACUGAUAACUGCA